AGAUACUGCUGCUGUUCCACAUGACAACAACCGGGCUCUAUCUGACGCUGACAACAACUUAUCAAAAGAAAUAUCUUUGUUAGUUUUUGCCACGCAGUAACUCCAACUGUGGGAUAUUUACGGUUGUUUUAACAGCGGCUUAUAUAUAAAGAGACGUGAUGCAGGCCUUUUUGAAAGGAGCGACUGUUCAUACCAGCAGACCUCAGAAAGACAAGGCAGCAGCAGGGCCCAGCACAGAGAAGAAAGCCAAGGCCAUUCCUUGGGUAGAAAAAUACAGGCCAAAGUGUGUCGAUGAGGUGGCCUUUCAGGAGGAGGUGGUAGCAGUGCUGAAGAAGUCUCUGGAAGGAGCAGAUCUUCCCAACUUGCUGUUCUAUGGCCCUCCUGGAACAGGAAAGACCUCCACCAUCUUAGCUGCUGCCAGAGAACUUUAUGGUCCAGAGCUGUACAGGCAGAGGGUUCUGGAGCUCAAUGCCUCUGAUGAACGAGGCAUCCAGGUCAUCAGAGAGAAGGUCAAGACCUUUGCUCAGCUCACCGUGGCUGGAACUCGCCCAGAUGGGAAGUCGUGUCCUCCUUUUAAGAUCAUCAUCCUGGAUGAGGCGGACUCCAUGACCGCACCGGCUCAGGCUGCUCUCAGGCGGACCAUGGAGAAGGAGUCCCGCACCACCCGCUUCUGCCUCAUCUGUAACUACAUCAGCAGGAUUAUUGAGCCUCUGACCUCCAGAUGUUCCAAGUUUCGAUUCAAACCUCUAGCCAAUCAGAUCCAACAAGAGCGCCUGCUGGAGAUAUGUGAGAAGGAGAACCUCAAGUACACCACAGAGAGUAUAACAGCUUUGGUGAGGGUGUCUGAGGGAGACCUGCGGAAAGCCAUCACCUUCCUACAGAGCGCUGCACGCCUAAACGUCGACAAGGAGAUCACAGAGAAAGCCAUCACUGAGAUCGCUGGGGUCGUCCCGCCCAAGAUGAUUGACAACUUGCUCCAGAUCUGCUUUAAAGGAACAUUUGAGAAACUGGAGGUUGCAGUCAAGAACAUGGUGGAUGAAGGCUACGCAGCCACACAGAUCCUGGGUCAGCUCCAUGAGUCUAUUAUAGAGCAGGAGCUAAGUGACAAGCAGAAGUCAGCCAUCACAGAAAAGAUGGCGGUUGUGAGUAAGUGCCUGUCAGACGGUGCAGAUGAAUACCUGCAGAUGUUGAGUCUGUGUUCGGUCAUCAUGCAGCAGGCCUCCCAGAACAACUAAAAUUCCAUCAAGCAGCGUCUCCUCCCCGGUACGGGUGCUGCCAUCUGCUUCCUGACACAUCAGCACUUCACUCAGAUACAACAGAGUUUGUUCGAACUUAGUUUGGGACGUGGACCAGUGGAUCCCAGGUGAUAGCGGUGUUCAGAGAUCAGAGCCGUCAAGGUGUUUCUUUCUGUGUUUAAUCAGAAGCCGUCUCCCUCCACUAUGGGAUGAUCACUUCAAUAAAUAACACACAAUCUGUUACUGUCAGAUCACCCAUCAGGUGUCUCUUUAUUCCCUGUCAGUCCUGUAACUACUUACCAGAUCUUUGUGUACUUUUUGCAAUCGUAAAGAUAAUAAAUAAUUUUUUGUAUCUU